GUAGUUUGGAUGUGACCCGGAAGUGGCCGAGAUGUAGCAUCGAAUGUAACCAUGGAGUUUUAGAAGAUCCAUCGAAGACCAGAUUUUUGUGAAGGUUCCAACAAUGGAUUUGGUAUCAGGGCGAUUCAGCAACGUGAUUUUCUACAUUUCCAAGUGUUGUAGUGCUCGUGACCAUUAAUGCUGCUAUUAGCAUCAGCCGUUCCUGGGAAGAAUUAAACCGCAAAUGGCUUUACCGACUUUCUCCACGCAAGGACCGAGCCGGGCCCGGGUUCAGGCAGCUCAAUGGGCCCGGCAAAGGGAGCAGGAGGCCCAGAGGAGGCAGCAGUGGGAGCACCACGUCCAGUACCUGCGGGUGGAGAGCGUCCGCGGCCAGAAACAGGCAGUUUGGAGCUCUCAGGACUCUUACCAGCAGAGUAUGGCAGCGUACCAUAAAGAGCGACUGAAAGAAGAGAAGAGGGCCAGUCUGGAGCAGCGCAGGGAUCGACUCCGGAUCCUGCUGGAGGAGGAGCGGAAGCAGCUGGAGGCCGAACUUCAGGAGGCUCUGAGUCAUAGACGAACGCCAGCAGGUCACAUGAGAACCAAAGAGCUCUUGUCAGAGCGGGAGGAGCGAAGGAAAAAGAUUGCACAAGAGCUGCUGAAGGAGCACAGGAGGAUGAGUGAGAGUGGAAAGCACAAGUCCGUGUUACACAAAGAUCAAGUUGUCGGUCAGGAGCUGGAGCAGGUGAACGAGAGGCAGCAGCAGGAGGAGACGAGGUGCUUGGAGAGAACAAGACAACAGCGAGAAGAGAGGAGGAGAGCAGAGAGGCGUCGAAGAGCAGAGCAGCUCCGGAGACAGAUGGAAGAGUUGAAGCUCAGAGAAGCUGAGGCAACCAGGCUGAAGAAGGUGCAGGAGGCUCUGCUGUUGCAGCAGUGGGAGCUGGAGAAGAUGGAGGAGGAGAGAAGGAAACUGGUGGAACGGCGAAGGAAAUGUGAGAUUGGGCACCUCCUGAUCCGACAGUAUCGAGCUCAGCUGAGGAGAAGAGCUCAGCAGGUGCAGGAGGAGCUGGAGGCCGAUCGCAAUAUUCUAGCUGCGCUGCUGGAAGGGGAGGAGGGGGAGACGGGGAGCACACGGAGGGAGCUGGUGGUCGCUGAUGCUGCCUGGAUGAAGCGUGUCAUUGAAGAGCAGCUGCAGCUGGAGAGAGACCGAGAGGCUGAGUUGGAGUUUCUGCACAGGGCAGAUGCACAGCACGCAUGGGAGAAAAGGGAGGCAGAGUGGGAGAAGGAGAGGAAAGCCAGAGAGCGCCUCAUGCAUGAGGUCCUGCUGGGGAGGCAGAAGCAGCUGGAGCUGCAGAUGCAGAGGAACCGAGAGGCUCAGGAGGAAUCACUGAGAAGGCGAGAGGAGCUGAUCCAGCAGCUGGAGACGGAGAGAGAGGUGAGACGCAGUGAGGUGGAGGAAGAGGAGAAUCAGAGAGGGAGAGUGGAAGAGAUGGAUGCUGAGAUGAGGGACGAGGAGGACGAUGCAGUUCAGGAAGACGAACUGAAUUUGGAGGUGAAUCAAGGACACCAUGAAGUUCCCAGCCGAGCAGCCUGGACAUGAGAGUUUGAACGUGCCAAAACUAGUUAGAAGAGGCCAAAUCCUGUGGACCAUUAUCACUGUCUCUUAAGACUGUUUUAAUAAAGGUUUUGUAAAAAAGUGGUGUGUGAGACAUUCAGUG